GACACCCCCGGACCCCACCGCGACAUGUUCGACCCCACGGGACCCCCGGCCGCCGGCUACAGCGAGCACUGCUGCCUGCACCCACCCCACGGGCCAGCCCCCGCUGCUCCGGGACCACCAGGGUUUGAUUUCCCCGUGUGCCACCAGCCCGGGCACCGCGGGUAUGGGCUGGCGCCGGGAGCCGAACACCCUGCUGACGGAUCCCGCUUCUCCACGCCCCGCGGCGCAGGGAAGCUGGGGAAGAAGCGGGCGCUGUCCAUCUCGCCGCUGUCCGACUCCAGCAUCGACCUGCAGACCGUGAUCCGCACCUCUCCCAACUCCCUUGUGGCCUUCAUCAACUCCCGCUGUGCCUCCGCCGGCGGCUCCUACGGCCACCUGUCCAUCAGCACCAUCAGCCCGUCCCUGGGGUACCAGAGCCCGCCUGGGCAGCAGAAGGGCCAAGGACACCUGUACGCGCCUGGCCCGGCCUGCGGCAGCCACGAGCUGCCCCCGCGCCCGGGGCUGCUGCACCAGGCCCCCGCUCGUGGGGCCCUGAAACACUGCCAGCAGCUGAAGCUGGAGUGGAGCCUGAGCAGCCCCCUGAGCUCCAAAUUCCCCGAGGAGCGAUCCGAGGGUGACAUCUCCAGCCCGGCCUCCACGGGCACCCAGGACCCUUUGCUGGGCAUGCUGGACGUUCGGGAAGAGCUGGAGAAGGAGGACGGGAAAGCCGAGUGCGAGGCUGUGUAUGAGACCAACUGCUACUGGGACGGUUGUGCCAAGGAGUUCGACACGCAGGAGCAGCUGGUGCACCACAUCAACAAUGAGCACAUCCACGGGGAGAAGAAGGAGUUUGUGUGCCACUGGGCAGCGUGCUCCCGGGAGCAGAGGCCCUUCAAGGCUCAGUACAUGCUGGUGGUGCACAUGCGGCGUCACACGGGGGAGAAACCCCACAAGUGCACGUUCGAGGGCUGUAACAAGGCUUAUUCCCGCCUGGAGAACCUCAAGACGCACCUGCGCUCUCACACGGGUGAGAAACCCUACGUGUGCGAGCACGAGGGCUGCAACAAAGCCUUCUCCAACGCCUCCGACCGCGCCAAGCACCAGAACCGCACCCACUCCAACGAGAAGCCGUACGUGUGCAAGAUCCCCGGCUGCACCAAGCGCUACACGGACCCCAGCUCGCUGCGCAAGCACGUCAAGACCGUGCACGGCCCCGACGCCCACGUCACCAAGAAGCACCGAGGGGACGUGGGGCCGGGCCGGGCGCUGCCCACCCCCGGUGCCCCCCAGGACAUGAAGCAGGAGAAGGACGCGAAUGGCGCCGGCGAGGCUCGCAAGGACGAGGGGAAACUCCUGGUGCCUGAGCUGGCUUUGAAGCCGCAGCCCAGCCCGGGUGGGCAAUCCUCGUGCAGCAGCGACCACUCGCCCCUGGGCAGCACCACCAACAACGACAGCGGCGUGGAGAUGGCCGGAAACGCCGGCGGCAGCUACGAGGACCUGUCCACGCUGGAGGACGUGGUGCCCGGCGAGCCCAUGGGCACCUCGGGGCUCAUGGCCCUCCACAAGCUGGAAAACCUCCGCAUCGACAAGCUGAAGCAGCUGAGGAAACCUCCGGCUCCCAAGGGCUUCAACCUGCCCCCCAUCCCCGGAGCCGGCCUGCCCAGGGAGCUGCCCUCUCUCCCGGCGCCGCCGCCGCCGCCGGCCUCGCACCGGCGCAUCGCCCAGCUGUCGGCGGCCGAGCUGGGCCUGGCGGCGCCGGGCGAGCGCAGGAGCAGCGGCACCAGCACCGUCAGCUCCGCCUACACUGUCAGCCGCCGCUCGUCCCUGGUGUCCCCGUACCCGCCCGCGCCGUGCCCGGGCGGCGACGCCGGCGUGGCGCCCGGCGGCGCGCUCCCGACGGACGCCUACGAUCCCGUCUCUCCGGGCUCGGCGCGCGACGCCGGGGGGCUGCCGGGGUUGGGCAACCUCACCCCGGCUCAGCGCUACCGCCUCAAGGCCAAAUACGCCGCGGCCACGGGCGGCCCGCCGCCCACCCCGCUGCCCGGCGCCGAGCAGGUGGCGGCGGGUGGCUACGGCGGGCCUCGGCGCGUGGCCAACGGCCUGUUGAGAAGGCACAGCUCCAAUGACAACGCCGGUUAUCCCGGCGGCGUCCCGGCUCACCUGGCGCCCCGUCACGGCCUGCGACGGGCCAGCGACCCUGCCCGGACGGCGGCCAAGGCGCCGGCCGCGCCCAGGGUGCAGCGGUUUAAGAGCGUGGGGAACGUGAGCGCGCCGGGCGCGGGCAGGACGGCGCCGCAGCCCUCGGGGGGCUCCGAGGCCGACCUGCAGCGCCACGGCUUCUCCCCGCGGCCCCCCAGCAUCAGCGAGAACGUCUUCUUGGAGGGCAUGGGGGGUCCCGGCGCCGAGUCCGGCCUGCUGGAGAUGGAUCCGUACCUGAGCUACCCCGAGGAAAGCUUCCCUUGCCAGGGCGCCGGCGUGGAGCUCCAGGGUGGCAUCUACGGGGCUCACCGGACCGUGGUGGGCACGCACGGGGACGUGGAGGAGGGGCUGCUGCAGCCUGAGUUCUCCUUCCCUCAGUGCCAGAUGAGCCAGCGAUUCCCCAGUUUGCCCGCUGGCAGCGGGGCCGUGCCCGAGCCUUGGGAUGGACCCGGCCAUGGCGCGCUGGAGAUGAGCUCCAGGCAAAAUGCAGCUCCCUCCAUGCCCGGGCCACACUGUGCCCAUCAAAGCGUGGAGUACCCCCAUCCCAGCGCCUGCGGGCAGCAUCCCAAACUGGCCAGCUCGUGCCAGGACGGCGAAUUUUCCGGGGGGCACCGGUUCAACCGGCUGCAGAUCAAAUCCGAGCAGCGAUACCCGGCGCCGGCCCCGGCGCUCGCUCCCUGCCCCGGCGCCAAACUGGCGGCGUCCCCCGCUGCCUUCGGCCAUGCCAUGGAGCUGGGCCCCGGCGGGUACCCCCCCUCGGGACCGGCCCCCGGCGGGUACAUGGGCAUCGCCAGCCCGGGAGCCCGCAGAGCCCAGACCCCGACCCUGCAGACCAAAGAGGUGAUGGUCCGGAACUACGUGGAGGCGCAGCAGGCGCUGAUGUGGGGGGAGCAGCCCCCUUCCAAGGGCAACGCGGCCGGCCCGGGGCUGGGCGGCGAGCCCGGGCAGUGCCAGGCAGCGCCAACCCCGCCGUACCUCAGCCCCAGGUACUGCGCUUACCAACCCAACAAAGCCGAUCAUCUGCAGAGCCUGGCCGAGCCCCAGCACCUGCUGAGCCCCUCCUGCUUCAACCCCGAGAUGAUCCCGCACCCUCCAGGUGGCCCGAAACCACCGGGUCACCAAGGCGGCCUGAGCUACCCGGGCAGCCUGGCACAGCCAGGGCACGGCUACCAGGGCGUGGACGGCGCUGGCCGGCGCCCGCCGCGCUUGCCCCCGGCUCGCCUCGUCCCCGAAGGAGCCGGGAACCUCCCGCUGUACUACCCGGGCCAGAACCCCCACGGGCAGGCGGGCAGAGGCGGGCACAAGCUGCUGGGGCAGGGGGCAGCGAGCUGCGGGGGGCUCGGGCACUACGGCGCUGAGGGGCUCAAGGGCACCUCCUGUUACUACCUGGACUCCGGGGAGCAGGUGGCCAACAGCUUGGACUCACUGGACCUGGAGAACACGCACCUUGACUUCGCCGCCAUCGUGGAGGACGUGGAGACCCCCGCGGCGCUGCCCGGACCCCCCAGCCCGGCUGGGGGGCUCCUGCUGCCCUCGUCCGGGGGUGCCAACAUGGCAGUGGGGGACAUGAGCUCCAUGCUGAGCACGUUGGCGGGGGAGAGCCACUUCCUCAACUCGCUGUCCUAACCGGGGGGGGGGGGUCCCCGCCCUCAGGUGGCCUGUGGGGGGGGUCCCCAGGGUGUUGGGUAGAGGUGGGGGUCCUCCCACGCACAGCGGGGAAGCGGGGAACACCCCUGGAGCCCCCCCUUGUCCGGUGUCUGAGCGUUCGGGAGGGGUCCCAGACCCUCCAGGUGACCUCUGGCGUGGGGAACUGGUUUUACUGGGGCGCCUCGGGGCGUGUCCCCGCUGGGGACAAGGACCUUUGAACGCCGAAACCAAAGAGCCCCGGCCCCAUCCCAGUGCUCCCAGGACCCCCCCACCUCCAACACCCCGAAUCCCAGUCUGGCAGGACUGCAAGAGCCCCCAGCCCUGCUCCGGGGGGGUGCCUGUACAUAGUGUUCACACCUGUCUGUCCGUCUGUCCGUCCCCCGAAACCUCCCGCGUGUGCGGGCACCAGCGGUGCCACCCUGUCCUCAUUAAACCCUUGCUCAGGGGA